AUGGAAAGGCAAUCCAAUGCCACCCAUCUCGGCAUCGAUUCCGCAAAUGAUCGCGACAAUCUUCCCACCGAAGAUCAGUCCAAUACACAACCAGGCUCAUCCUUCUCUACCCAUACGCUCCAGGUUCCGGUCACCACCGCAGAUCUCUCCAUGAACGUCCCGAACUUGUCAAUGGCGCUGCCUUCCAUGUCCAUGCCAUCUAACCCGUCAAAUGCAAUGAACUUCAACGCUUUCAACAUGGGCUCCAACAUGAAUGCACCGUUUAUGUUCAUGCCAGAAGAUCUCUACGGCAAGGAGGAUUCCCCCAUGUUUGGACAACCAUCCUCUCAACCACAUCGUGACCUCGAUCUCAUCGUGACCCCUCCUGGCUUUCGUUCUGGAAAUCAGCAAGUGCGAGUGCCCCAGCAUCCCAUUUUACCCCAGUCCUACCCCCAUCAGCAAAUCCCGCAAAACCUUUAUCAGACAAAUCUGCAGCAACAGCAACACGACCACGCACUCGCCAGUCAGCAGGCCUUCAACGAGCGCAUUCUCGUUAUGCGAAGGAUGAACGCUCAACAGCAAGAGCGGCUUGCUGCUGUUAGCGGCAACCGACCAGCUCUCAUUUUACCGGGACAACAGCUUAAUGGCGCUGGAUCUUCCAAGCGAAGUCAUCUUAGUCGAAAACCACGGCCGCCAAGUGCAAAGGGAAAAGUUGUACAGAAAGUGUCCACGGCCGAGGCAGUGCGCCUCGUAGCGCAGAUGGACCGUCCCCCGACCCGUCGAUCUUCAAAAGGUGGCUGGACCAGAGACGAAGAUGACAUGCUGCGUGUCGUUGUCAUGGAACAUAAUGAGAAGAAUUGGAAGAAUAUUGCCAAGGCACUCAACUGUUCUUUUCCGGGUAGCAACAGAAACGAUGUGCAGUGUUUGCAUCGAUGGCAGAAGGUACUUCAACCUGGUCUCAAAAAGGGGCCAUGGACUCAGCAUGAGGAUAGCACUAUCACGCGACUCGUUGAAGAGUUAGGCGCGAACAAGUGGAGCUUGAUUGCAAAACAAUUGCAGGGGCGAAUAGGCAAGCAAUGUCGUGAACGGUGGUUUAAUCACUUAAACCCAGCGAUCAACAAGGACCCCUGGACUGAAGAAGAGGAGCAGAUCCUCAAGGAAGCACAUUCUCGCAUUGGAAAUAAAUGGGCCUUGAUCGCCAAGUAUCUCCCAGGCAGAACUGACAAUGCUAUCAAGAAUCAUUACAAUGCCACGCAGCGGAGAGCAGCGACCAAGAAGCAAGGCAAAAAGGCGAAGGGAAGAGCCAAUCACUCGACGAAUGGUGAGAACAACCGCGCGGCCGGCAAUCAAGGGUUCAGGAAGCUUGCUUCGGUAGGGCAUAGUGUCGCGAAAGCAGCCAAGGCAGAAAAACUUGCCCCACGCCCAACUUUUGUGGUUCAGUCGGGCUUCAAUAUUGCGUGUCCUGACCCUUUCUCGAAACUAGAUAAUAGACUUGUCGUUCAAAACCGCACCCACACGGACCAGCCUAACAAAUCAAUGGAUUCAUCGGCCUUGCCGAGUUGCAGCGAAAGUUCCCCUCCUUCCAACCAUGUCUUUACCGAUAUCACAAAUACUCCGAAGAAGGCCAGUGGUCACACCUCAGCCUCUCGAAAAAGACCAUCAUCAACAUCACUUAAGUCCCCGGUUGCAGGUAAGAAGUCGAAGAGCGGCAACGAAGAAGGGACACAUGUACAGUAUGAGGAAGCUGGUAAUGUAUCGAAGGUGAUUUCUGCUGUGCCUACAGAGCCAGAAAAGGCACGGCAAGACGAAGAAGGGGCUCACGUCCAUACGGCCUUGACUUCGGCUACGAGCCAAGCUAAUACUGCAAACGAUCAUAACAAUGUGAAGAAACGAGACUACAGCUCAUCCAAUGCCAUCGCGAAUCAUAACUCCCACGCGGACGGGAUUAGAACGGGUAAUCUGCGCCUCUCAGAAGCACCGAAGGACGAAACAUUGGAUUUCAAGCUGCAGACACCAAAAGCAAGAAAUGUCAUCCCUGGAAAAGAAGGUAGCAAACCAGACAACGCUGGAAACUACGAUAGCCCGACCAAGAAGCACUCAAUAGCAGCGAGUGUUGAUUCGAAAGCCGAAACUCAAGAAAGCGGCCUAAAAGCCGUUGCGGAGGGGUCAGAGCAUGGCCUCGCGAAUGAUAUUGAGAGCAGGAUGAAGUCACCUGCUCCGAAAAGCACGCGUUCCGCUCUGCCCUUCUCCACUCCACCUAGAGAUUCUUUCUUCUCUGCUCUCCGUGAACCUUUGUCUCAUACGAUGGAGAGCCCAUCGGGUGGAUCCAUGCUCCGACGAUUAGGUGUGGACCAGGGAUUGCUGGGCAUUACCCCAAUGGGCAAAUCCCCGGGAUCGCUGUUCUUCGCGUCUUCUCCUAAUUCAGUUCCCAGAGCUUUGAUGUCAGGGAGUAGUCGACCAGGUGGACUGUUUACACCAGGCGGAUUAUUCGGGACAACACCUCAGAACCGCACUCGAGGUCUCGGCGGGACGCUUCCAUCACCGUUUGAGUCCAACUUGAGCAGCGCAUUUGCUGCCGCGGGAAACACCCCUGUACCGGUUCGAAGCACACCACCAAGAGUCUCAACCGGGAACAGAGAUGUGCUUCCUUCUUUCUUUUCAUCGCCGCCAACAGCAGCGAGGGCAAGACGAGGCUUUGCAUCAGCCGACAGAGGAGAUCCUCCGGAUUUCCGCGACAGCAGUAUUGUCAAGAGACUUGGAGACUCUGAGUUCAAGAUUCGAGGCCUAGCGCUGACACCUAUUCAAAACGAUUUUCACCGCAACCACGAGGAAUUUGUUGGACCAGUAAUUACUCCCCUGAAGUCGCCUGCGACCCCAAGAGAACUUUGGGCUACUCCACAACAACCUCCUUUUGGGAGCACGAGUGCGCAACGUGAAGGAAGCAUUGGAAGGCUUGGGACCCACACUAGGGACAUUGUCAAUUCUAUUGAUUUGUUUUUGGGGCCAACCCCAGAUUCAGCCCGGAGAUAG